UAAAAAAUGACAUUUUCCAAUAAGAGAAUUUAAUUUUAGGACAAUUAACCCUGAAUUGUGGUAUUAUUUUCAUGACAAUUCAACACAUUUACUUUAAACUCAUACAAAUAUCAAAUUUGCAUUGCUGUCACUGUGUAAUAAAACUUAUAAUGGAAAAAUAUGAAUGUCAUUAAACUUCAUUUAAUUUGUGGAAAAUAUCGAUCAUUUCUUUUUUAUAGUUUUGAAGUGAAUCUUUUUAGUCACUAACUAUAGUUCAGUCAAAAUCCACUCUUUCUGUUCUGAUGACAGCUUUACUUUAGUAUCUUAACAUGUUGACGGGUUCUUCUUACUGAAAUACGUCAUCGCAGGAUGUGCACACGUUAGAUGUCCAGUAGAAGCGUCACUCUCAGUGGUGACCUUGACCGGUGACGUCACAGCAGAGGCGCGCACUGGAGAUAAGUCAUCUUUAAAUGAGACGUGAACGAAAGAGAGCGCGCAGUGUCAUCGCGCGCACGCAAGGACUAGUAGAGAUUGCUGUCAUCUGAUUGGAUGGGUCUUACACUGUGCUGUUGGCUGAGUGAUGGCCAUCAUAGAAAGAAUACAUCAUCAUCAUCAUCGUCCUUUUUGUCUUUUUCUGUAGCUCCACCCAUUCGUUUAGCUGUGCUUUUAGACACGCCCCCCGUUCCCCCCGGACACCCACGAUCACGAUGGAGCCAGACUCACCUAUCUCCUAAUCUAAAUACAUGUUCAUCGGGUGGAUGUGUGUCCCGUGAGCGUGUGGAACAGAGCAGCGAUGGGGUUCGUGCCGCAGUCGGUGUAGUGACGGGGCUACAUGUAUGGGAGGUGCUGUGGGGGAGGCAACACAGGGGAAGCCACGCCCUCUUAGGUGUGUCCACACAAAAAUGUCCUCUGCAGACCUCUGGUUACACUGCGCUAAUAGGUGGCGACACCUGUUCCUGGGGAUGGCAGCUCUCGACCAAUCGGCUUUGGCACGAUGGGAAAGAAGUGGGGCAGUACCCUAAGGGCGGAGCCAAGGAAGUCUUACGGGUUCCGGAUCGCAUACUGCUGGUUGUGGAUGCAGACGCAGGGACGCUGGGAUACGUGGUGGAUAACUGCUUUUUGGGCAUCGCCUUCCUGGACCUCCCUAAAGGGUCGGAGCUUUUCCCUGCAGUUAGCUGUGUUUGGGGAGGAGCCAAAAUCUGCUUACGCUACCUGUGCGGCAUGACACAUGAUCCACCGACUCUUCAGACUCUGAGUCGUUUCUCUGUUCGUCAGCAUCUCAAGAUGAACAGGAUUCAUGCGGCAUUUCCACCUGCUGUACGACGCCUCCUAUUAAACACAACAGAUGAGACUCCAUGAGACUGAUGAAAGAGAAUAUACUGUAGAUUGUCUUAAUACUAAUUUAACGCUUAUUUAAAUACAUGACACUUUGUUUGAUUUCUUAUGUAUAUUUAAAACGUUUGCACCUUAAUAAACGGAUACAUGUUAAAACAAA